UCCCUGCUUUCGCUGGCAUGCCCAAACUCCCUGAUGGCAGUCCUUUUCAUCAAAGGUGAGUGGAUGUGAGCCUCGUGAGCCCCGGCUCUCGGCUUUGCGCCCAUGGAUGAUUCGCGCAGACAGAAAUGGGCGCUUCCACCUGGCCACUUCAGCCGCAUCUACAGGGUCAUUGGCAGGGUUGUCGCAGCUCGAGGAUUGCCGAACACAGACACAAGAGGCAAAUCAGACCCAUACUGUGUGGUCAAGGGCAUCCGCUCCAACAAUCACAUGGCAAACAUUUGGAUCACGAAAGCGGCGCAGAACACACUAUCGCCCCACUGGGAGGAGUCGUUUGACUACAUGGUGCCUCCAGAAUGGGGCCUGGUGGAAUUGGUCGGUCUGAAGGCCAUGGUUUUCGAUGCGGACGAUUACCACAUUUCCUACCAAGGCAAUGAAGACUUCUUGGGCGGAUGUGAUAUUGAUUUGUCUGGGGCCGUCACUGGGCGUGCUAUGAACUUUGAGCUUGAGCUGGCUGGCAUUCCAGUGAAUAAGGCCAAGGGCAAGAAGCCCCGACUCACAAUUGUGGUCACGGUGUAUAAGGAAGUGAUUCCCAAGCCCGAGCCUUUGAUGGAUCAGCUGCUGGAAAGUGUGCGCAAAAUGGAAUACAUCCGUGAGGUGGUCGGGAAGGUGGUGAAAGCGCAGGCUCUCCGAAAUGCAGACUUGGUUGGGGCAAGUGACCCGCAGUGCAUCGUGCGGGUCAUUCUCCUCAAUGGCGAGGCACGAGAAAUCCAUCGUACAGAAGUCAUCAAGGACAACUUGGAUCCUGAAUGGCACGAGGGAUUCCACGCCAAGUUUGAGCAUGACGAGCAGCCGCUCCUCUUGGUUUUUGACAUUUGGGAUUGUGAUAGCCCCACGAAGCCUGCAGAGGAGUCUGGCGAGCACCUGGGCAGCGCUGUGAUUCCCUUGCUGGAUUGCCUGCCUCCCGUAGCGAGGAACCACAAGUUGAACCUGCAGGGAGAGACGCAGUUGCACGAACAGCGGCUGAACAAAAAUGGCAUCAAAGGCAUCGAGGCGAAGGUCCAGCUGGAUGAUGGGACUGGGAGACCAUCUCUGGACUCAGCCCACUUGUCUGACCGUCCCCUAGAAGAGGAAAAGGAGAAGCCAAAGCUCUCUUGCUUGGACAGGUUGACAAAGGCAGCUGUGGACUUACGAGAGAAAGUGAAGAGCGCGUACUAUCUUCAAAAAGUGGAGCGCCCCAGUCUUACUGUCGAAAUCAGGACAAGAACAAAGGCAGAGCCAAUGCCUUUGCAAUGUUUUAUGGACAAGGCAGUGUACGUGGCAGAUGAAGAUGACGCCAAAGCAGUCUUGAAAAAACCGGAGGCCCAUUGGGAUAGAUCGAUGUUCUCACCACCUGCAGAGCUGUUGGAGAAGGGUCGACCUCCCCGCGGUGAGCUGUCUGGACUGCAGCAGAUUGUUUUCAUUUAUGGCACAAUACGAGGUGCCUCGGGUUUGCCGGCGGCUGAUGACAACCAGCUGAGUGACCCCUUUUGUGUGGUGGAGGCUUUAUCGAGAACUGCAGGAAAACUCUUCCUACAUCGUACGCGCGUGAUCAAGCAGAAGCUUUGUCCGGAAUUCAAUGAGACAUUCUACAUGCCGAUCCCACAAGGCUUUGAGUGCAACAGGAUCAUGUUCAGCAUCUACGACCGGGACGAAACAUUUGGCGCCAUAGUUGGGAGCGGAGUGGACCCACUUGAGCAAGAUGAGUUCUUGGGCAGAGCGAGCGUGGAUAUUUCCUAUUUAAUGAGUGGUGAGAAGCUGGUCGAAGACAUUCCCGUCUCCGGCUCUUUUGUCGGAAGUCAGGUCAAGACAACCACUGGCUUUCGCAGGGUGGCAACGAUUUCGAUCGAGUUGAGCGUGCAGCGUCGAGUGAAGCCAUGCUACGGUUUGGCACCAGAGGAUCAUUCUGCCGUCAUUCCACGAAGAACGCACAAGGUUAGCAGACAGCCGUACUCUGUCGUCUAUGCGGAUCCAUCUCAAUUUAUGACAGAAGUGCCUUUGGAAGAACAAAUUGCCAUGAAUGUCAUGGACGCACACAGCACGGGCCGGCUCAUAAAAGGUGCUGGACAGGCAGACUGGAUACAAAAGCCUCGUGAAGCUCCAGAGAUGAUUCCAGAAAGCAAGCCACAGAUCUUGGACGUGCGCCGGGCCAAGCCUCAGUCGGAACCACCUGGCUUGGACUUUACACAACAUUCUCCGGUGCAGCGCUGUGAUUCCCUACCCAUACUUCAUUCAAAGUUCGAGCAGACACCAGCUCUCUUUGAAAUGACGCAGCCACACAGGGGCAAGGGCAAACUCAGCAUUCGGCAGGCCUUCAAUUCUCAGUCCACGCAGAGCAUCAUGCAGAGCCUCAAAGGUUUGUGGUUCAAACCCAUGCCAGACACUUUGAUCCAUCGGAAGGUAGAACCUAGUGCCAGCUCGGCUGAAAAGCCUGAGAGUCCGCAUGGAGAUAUGCUUCUGAGAUGAGUUUUACGACUUUCAAAAAUCAAAAAUUGGGGGCACCACUAUGCAAAAAAUAC